UCUCCACAGGAGGAACGGAGCUUUUACCUCAGGAACCGGGUUUUUACCUCAGGAACCGGUUUUUGCCUCAGGAGUGAGUUCUCCCCAGGAGGAACCGGGGUAUCCCCUCAGGACUGAGCCCUCUACAAGGACCGGGUUGUUCCCUCACCAGGCUCAGUAAGUGCUGCUCCUUCUCCUCCCCGCCCUCAGGGCCAUGGGGAACACGGCGACCCGGAGCUCCCUUGGCAGACUGCGCUCCAGCCCCUCGGCUCUGCCUCUCCGCAGGUUACAAACCUUCAGCCCCUGGUUGGAGGGAAGGUACCGGGGCUGGUGUCGCGGCCAGCGACCCACACACAGCCCGCAGGGACAGGUCAGGACACGCAGCCUCAGUCACCGAGCGAGAUCCAGGCGGAGUGCCCGAGCUUUCCCCGUGCUGGAUGGAUGCAUCCCGGCUGUGCACCGAGCCGUGUUUGAGGAGAAUGUGAGGAACAGUCAGGAUGUUGGUGCCAGGUAUUCUGAGCUGCUAGAGACUGUCAGAAAAGGAGGGGGAGAGAACUCCAUCCUGCAUCACACCCAGAGGAACAAGAAGCUGUUUGUACGGCAGCGCCUGAGGCUGCUCCUGGAUGAGGAGCCUUUUCUUGAGUUCUCCCCCCUGGCUGGCCUCAACCUGCCCUAUGGGGAUGUCCCUGCUGCUGGCUACCUCACUGGAGCUGGCAAAAUCUGUGGGGUCUGGUGUGUCUUCAUGGCAAAUGAUGCAACUGUGAAAGGAGGAUCUCUUUAUCCCAUUGCAUUGAAGAAACAAUUAAGAGCUCAAGAAAUAGCCCUGCAGAACAGGCUGCUGUCUGUCUUCCUGGUUGACAGUGGGGGAGCAUUCCUACCACUGCAGUCAGAGCUGUUUCCUGACAAGCUGCAUGGUGGCAGGACGUUCUACAACGAAGCACUCAUAUCUGCCAUGGGCAUCCCUCAGGUGGCAGUGGUGUGCGGCCCCUGCGUGGCUGGAGGUGCCUAUUUGCCAAUGAUGGCAGAAGAAAUUGUGAUGGUAGAUAAAAUCGGGACACUGUUCCUUGCGGGCCCACCUCUGGUAAAAGCUGCUACAGGAGAAUCUGUCUCUGCCGAGGACUUAGGAGGAGCUAAACUUCACUCUGAAGUCAGUGGCUGUACUGACCAUUUUGCACCUUCAGAAAAGGAAGCCUACGAGUGUGUCCGGAACAUCAUCUCAACAUUAAACUAUGAUCCCCUGCCUGAGGAGCUCGGGGAGUUUGAGAGCCCUCUGUUCAGCCAGGAUGAGCUCCUGGGACUGGCACCACGGGAUUAUAGGUGCACUCUCCCUGUGAAGCUGAUUCUGAGCCGUCUGGUGGAUGGCAGCAGAUUCCAGGAAUUCAAAGCUAAUUAUGGCACAACAUUAGUAACAGGAUUUGGCCAUGUGGAAGGGUACCUGGUGGGGAUUGUGGCCAGCAAUGGGGAGCUCUCUCAGGAUGCCUCUCUCAAGGGCAGCCACUUCGUGCAGCUCUGCAGCCAGCGCAGCAUCCCCAUCCUCUUCUUCCAAAAUACUGCUCCACCUGCAGCAGAGCCAACAAGCAUCUCAAAGGCAAAGGCUGACUCCAACAGGCUGAAAGCCCAGGCCUCCAUGAUGGCUGCUGUGGCCUGUGCUGCUGUUCCCAAAAUCACCAUUGUCAUCGGGGGCUGCUUUGGGGCUGACAGCUAUGCCAUGUGUGGCAGAUCAUUCAGUCCAAACUUCCUUUUCUUGUGGCCUAAUGCAAGAGUUGCUCUUGUGGAUUCAAGACAUUUCUGCACAAACCCACAAGCUGGGGACAACAACUGCACAGGAGAUGACUGGGAACUGAAACAUCUGAGAGAUAAGCUGGAGGAAGAAAGCAGUGCCUUCUACUCCUCUGCCAGACUCUGGGAUGAUGGCAUCAUUCUACCUCAAAAUACCAGACAGGUGAUUGCCCAGUGCUUGGAGAUCACAGAGCAGCAGAAGUACCAGCAGGCCCUGCCUCCCUCACAAUAUCCUGUCAUCAGGAUGUGACUGCAGCCACUUUCAAACCAUCAGCCUUCUCAAGGUGUUGAUGUGAUGGAAGAGGUUGAAGGCCGAGGUGCGGUACUUGAUGUUGAGGAGCCUUCCUUUCUUCUUCUCUGCCACGUG